AUUGCUGAAGUGUUCCGGCGCGCGAAAGCCGUUACUCGUCGGUCAGUCGCGAAGCGACAGUUUGCGCGUUGGUGUUUUUGGCAAAGCACGUGCGCACGAUGCACUGUGCCUUUCGGCCGUGAUCGAGGUUUUGGUGCGAUCGUUAUUCGUGAAUUUGUGCGCGUUACAUUGUACGGCAUCCGGCGAUAUCGUUACGUCGCAUAAUUAACGAGUAGAGUUUUAUAAUUCAGGUUGUUGCCGUGCGACAUCUUUUUCUUGCCGGAAAUGCGCGCGGCCGUUUAAAAGUCGUCGUAACAAUAUUGCGUUUAUUACGGAACAGUGAUAGUGCGACAAGACUGGAAUUUAACGAUGAUCGGAUCAUUCAACGGAAUUGCAAAGUCACUCGUGAAUGAUAUAACAGUUAUGAGAUUUGAGCUUUAAGGAGCAAAGAGGAGAGACCAUCCAGAAUGGUUCUUACUGUGACAGAAGACACUCCGGCGGAUAUGCUGGCUGGAAGUAUGGAGCUUCUGGUCCAACUGCCUCGUGAUCAACAUACACAGAGAGUUACAGUGUUAAGAAGCACGCCAAUGAUGGAUCUUCUAGUGCAGAUCGCGACGGCUCACAAAUUGACAGCUUCUAAUUACACAUUGCAAGCAAUCGGUGAACAUGGCUUAGUUUUAUCUCAUCAUCCAAACACUCCUAUAGGAGCAUUGGAUGUUCUUCAGGUUAAAUUACUUCCCAAACAGGGCACGUGUGUGCCACGUAAAACAAAGCAAGCUAAUCAACCUUUUGAAACCACAUUUAGAUUGCAGGUACAUCUACCGAGAAAUCAACUGUAUGUAUCGAGGGUCAGUCCGAAGAUGAACCUCGGAGAAAUUCUAGAUGAAGUGUGCCGCGAGAAGAAUCUGGACAAAAAUAAUUACGAACUUCGUCAUCCAGCUAACCUGGAAGAGACAUUGGACUUAUCACUAUCGCUGCAGGAUUAUCAUCUGCAGGAAGUGACUCUUUACGCAAAACAGGCCAAAGGUAUAGGUCCGACACUAAGUACGCAGGACAUAAUGGCGCUGCAGAGACAAGAGGAGCGACGCCGGCAGCAAACCAAGCAAAGUGUGUUUGGUUUUAUGUUUAAAAAAUCCAAAGAGAACUCACUUAGUACGGAUAGUCUCGGGGGUCGCAGCGUGUCACCAGCUAGAAGUGAUGAAACCGCGAGAAGCGCUAGUCCCCUUCAACCACCAACUCGGCCACAGAGAAAAAGAAGACCAGCCCCGAAGCCGCCCACGUACGUCGUACCUGUUCAAAGUACAUCUGGGGACAGUGGCAAGGAUAAAAUGGUGAUCAAUCAUAGCCGUAACAGUAGCGACAGUUCCGGUUACCAUGAGGCUUCUGUGCUUAGCGAUAAUCCAGAUUUGGCCGCAAGACUACCGGAAACCUUGCCGAGGCGGAGCAAAACGCCAGGCAUGUCCAACACCUCCAGGAAACUGGCGCAAACCUCGCAAUCUAGUAAAAGUUUGAGCAAUCUAGUGAUGUCCGGUGCAACGCUCAGUCGGGGGAUUAGCAACACUUCUCUCAGCUCUACUGGUCUUCGAAAGAAAAGAAUAGCUCCUCCUCCACCAACACCGAGGCCACUUUCAUCAGCUAUUUCCACGCAGGCGUUAGAACGCAUCGUUGACUCCGAAGAAUCAUUGACGUCUGAUAUGGAUCCUUCCAAACCACCAUCAGACAUUGGUGCACCAUCGAAAGCUAGUUCCGAUAUCGAUUGUCCUAAAGCUAAUUCUGACAUUGUCAUUAGCACGAAGUCUACACUCGAAUUGGAUUAUGAACCAAAAUCGGAAGCCGCGACGUACGAAUUUGAUGACAACAUUGAACAGAAUCGUACCGCCAAAACGAAUGUUAAGGCAUGUUCUGAAACAGAUUCGGUCAACUAUAAGCUUGUUAAAACGGAUGUGGAAAUGAUCACGCCUGUAGAAGUCGCCUCAAAAGUAGAGCAAGCUAGAGUAGUAACAAAAAAAGUUGGAGAAUCUGUACCCCUUCCCAAGCCUCGAAAGGUUAACGCGUGUAAGGCUAGUGCUUCAGAACAUCCAAAGGUACCUAAGCGUAAAGUGGUUCCACCCUUGGCACCGCCUAGAACCGUGAGCAUGAAAUAUGAUCGUACAAACAGUUUAAUAUGUGAACGUGCAAAUUCUGAACACAUCACACAUAAAGCACAUUGUUGCACUUCAAAUAUUGAAAAUACAUCGUCAUUGGACGAAAGUGAUUUUAUUAGACACAUUAAACAAGAAGAGAUACAUUCAAAAUCAAAAAUUGAUUUUGCACCUUCCAAUGAAGAACAGAUAGGCCAAGAAGAAACAACAUCAAAAAUCAAUGAUAUUAUAAUUCACGACAGCAUGUCUUUAAAAUCAAAUCAAUAUCCAAAUCAUAAAAUAGAAAGCAAUUUUGAGUCACACAAUUCUAACUAUAUGGAAUCAAUCCUUACUAAUUCCGAAACGCAUUUUGAAUCCAAAGAUAAGUUUUUGAAUGGAAAUAAAUUUAGUAAAAAUGGAAGGAUAUCAAACAUUGUCGAUCAUGAAUCAUUAAAUUUGAGCGAAUAUUUAAAUAAUAAAGAAAAUACUGAACUACUUUCUGAUUCCAUGGAGUUAAAUGUAUCGCAAAAGAAACUGUUAUUACUUGAACCUAAUGUUAUUUCCAAAGAAGAAGAAACUAAUCUUUUACAACAAGAUUACGAGGUAAAGUCUAAAAACAUUGAUUUGCGUGAUGAAAAUGAGAAUCAGGAUGAUAAAUCUGAUGAAUAUAUGUUAUUGAACGAUGAUUCUCUAAACAAAAGUAUGACUAAAUCGGAUCGCAUGACUGAAUUGAAAAGCGAACAAUUAAAACAAUCAUAUCAUCAAUCUGCUUGCCAAAGGCCACCCAGAGCGCCGAGAAAAAGAAUUUCUUCCAGCGAGAUUGAGGAAAACGUUGAGGCAGCGAAAUAUUUGCGUCCGAAAGAUGCGACUAUCGGCACAGAAAUAAAGAAUGAUCUUGAAAAAAACAAAGAAAUGUGCAUGGUGAUUUCCACUAUACCAAAGUGCGAUCAUUUUGAUGUCAUUCAAGAAGAUGAUACUUUAAAUAGUAUCAUAAAAUAUAGCAUUGCAGGAAAUGUAAAUGAAUCAUGCCAAAAACUUCAAACUGAUCAAAGCGAAAAAUCAAACAAUAGUAUGAAGAGUAAACGAGCAAAAGUGAUUCGAAGCCAGUCUAAAUCAGAUGACUUUGAGAUGGAUAUUUUGAAGAGGCAAAGACGAUAUCUCACUUCGUCUCCAGAGGACAUCGCGCACGCUUUGAACCUGAAUUUCUCCACAAGGAAUUCAAUAUCUUCGAGUGCAUCACAAACAGAGCAGGAGCAAGUUGAUGCAGGACAUUGCAUUAAUCAAACAAGAGAUGUGGAUGUAAAUGAGAGAGUUACAGGUAAUCAAGAUGUUCCAUCCGAAACCGAUAUUCUGCUGCAGAAAGUAUCAGAUACCUUAUCAAAUGUGCUGCCGGUCUCAUCGUCCCCAAUACCGGCCUCAUCGUCUCCAGUACCAGAAACAUUGUUACCUCUUAAGACAAAUCAUACAACCGCAUCCAUGGAAACAGAUGUCAUCAUUCUCAAUGAUUCCACAAUCAAAUCAGAAUUCGUCGGUAUCAAGGAUGAGUCGAACGAGAUCUAUAAGUCGUGUACCGACCUUCCAGAGAAUACUUUGAGUACUAGCACGCCAAAUAUGACUGCGACGGGUUUGCAAGAGAAUACCUCUGACUACGUCUCAGCGAUAAGCGAGGACUUGUCGAUCAGUGACUGGGAAUAUCAGCUUCCGGCUCCGCCAACUGCCUUUCGCGAUUCACAUUCGCCUGUCUUUGAUGAUUAUGAUACAGUUACACUGGGAUCAGUAGAGGCCUUCAAAGAACCACUAGGAAAUUCAGUUUCGGAGUUAGCUAAUACGACAGAUAGCAAUAAGAAUAUCGAAUCGACAAAGAAUUUAUUGAAUAGUUCUGAAGCGAAUUUUGAAUUUCAGGAAGCUUUAAAUGAAAAAAUGGAUUUUGUGCCAGAAGCGGAAAUUGAUAAACAAAUAUUAAACAAAUCUGUCGAGCAAACAUCUGUCGUUUCCCGUAAAACGAAAGCUAAUUCAAAUUUGCGGAAAGAAAUUAUUUCGGAGUUGGAAAACAAAAUAGAGACUGGAACAUUAACGCAUACCAUUAAUAAGGAUUUUGAUAGAAAAAAUAUGAACAAUUUAUCCGCACCGGAGAUAGCGCCUGUGGACAAUACCUUGUCCAACUUUACAAUUACUACCUAUACCAAACAGAAUAGUCUAGACAUUUUUGAAGAGUUUGAAGAAUCCAGUGGUUAUGCGAGAAACUCGGAUGAUAGAUUUAUUAAAACAUUUGCUACACUUUCAAGGAAUAAAGCAGACAGUUAUGAUAAAAGUAUGACGAAUAUGCAUUUAAUUAACAAUAUAUCACAUGAUAAGAAGACACAUAAAUCGAAUGCCAAUAACCUUGAUUGUAAAAGCGAACCAAAAAAUCACAAUCAAGAUGAAUUGAUCCACAGACUGCAGUCUCUCAAUGCGACCAAUGAAAAGACUAAUAUCCAGCGAUCCAAGAGUUAUAUAUCGAUAUCCAGUAAUGCCAAAUAUCAAACAGAAACGCAAAAAAUCGGUGAAAGAAAGCACGAGUCGCAAGUUGAGCAGGAAAUUAGUGGUAUAAAAAAAUCUACAAGCAUCACAGAUUUGAAUGUCGAUGUAUUACGAGGCAAUGAAAAGUUCUCGCAAUGGAGAGAUAACAUAUUAAAAUUUCAAAAAGAGCCUAGCAAGGAGAAGCAAUUACAAUCAUUGCAGGUGUUGAAAAGUAUUUUACCGCAGUUGAAAAAUGUUCAACAAGCGGAGGAAAAUAUGUCUAAAGAAUACAGUAGCGCAUUAUUAACUGAAAAAAGAUAUGAGUCUGAAUCCAAUGAACAAUCGAUUAAAAUGAGUGUUUCGACACGCGAAUCUCAAGAUUCAGAAUGUAAACAAGAACCAGAAUGUAAACAAUUAUCAAAAGAAAAAAAUAUAAAACGUUACGUUUACACUGGUCCACCUGCGAUCAGUCUGGGUAGUUGGUCGGAAAGACCCAGUAUUAAUGUUCAAAUCAAAAUGGACACCGAUUAUAAACUAGGAGGAAACAAUACGAACAGCAGUAAGACUGUUGUUAAUAUUAACAGCACAAAAAAUGAAAAGGAUUUUGCGAGCUAUGUCAGCAAUGUCAAUAAAAAUAACAUCGCUAAGCAGGAGAUUAAAAUCAAUUCUUCAGCAAAUAAAAAUCCUGACGAACUCACGAAAAAGCUAAUCACACAUACAACAGCAUCAGGUUUCAAGACACCAAUGUCGAGUCGAAUUAACAUGAUUGAUUCGACAAAAGACAAAGAUAGACCCUUCGUGAUGGGAGUUGAGUUGAAGAAAACCUCCAUUGAGAUGCCGAAGGAAAUUUCCAAGAACAAUGAAAACGAAAUCGAUACAUCAAUAAAUUUCAGAGAAUUGACAAAUACAUUCGCUCAACAUAUGAAGCAGAAACCUAAACGCGCUAAUAUUAAUUACUCGUCGAACAGUAAUAUACAGAUGGAUAAGAUAGAAAAAGCAGAAGAACCGAAUGUCAAGCAAAAUGGUCAUGCCAAAUUUGCGAAGGUACCUAAUCAAAACGAUCUUUCAUCCAAAAGUCAAUUCUACAAGCACGAUACUCAGGGAAAUGCACAGAUAAAAAAGUUUACGUCUGUUGUGGGUGUAAAUGGGACAAGUCAAAAUUUUAGGCCGCAAAAUGAAACAUCUCUCAAAUGUAAUAUCAAUAACUUUGUCAAAAUCAAUCCACCUAUGCCUGUCGUAAAGGGAUUCAAAAUACCUAUUACUGAAUCUAAAGUGAAUAAUAAUGAAAUAAAGCAUGAACUAUCAACAAUAGAUGGUUCCAGUGAGGACAUGCAUUCUUCUAAAUUUCCAACCAUGCCAGUGAUAAUGGGAGUAACACUGAAAAAUGCUAAUGCAAAAUCCACAUCAGUAUCGGUUCAAUUAGAUUCUAGGGAUACACUGUUGGAAUCUAUCAGGAAUUUUGGUGGACGUGAAAAGUUAAAAAGUAUUGCAGGGAGAUAUUAAUUGUGUGCUAAUACUCUAUAAAUAUCUAAAGCAAUUUGGACAGUUAUGAAGAAUCUGUUUGAUACAAAAACUCCAAGAUUUGUGGAAGUAUUUUUUUUUUCAUUAUAUGUAGAUUUAUAUCAUUUAUUUUUAUUUGUAAAUCGAUAUCAGGUUAAAUGUGAAAGCUAUAUCUUUACAAAAAAAAAAAACAUGUGCAAAUAAUUUUGAAAAAAAUUUAAUCCUAGAAUACUACUAAAACUUAUAUUCCAAAUAGGAUGCAUUCUAAAAGACUUGAUAAUUUAGCACUAAAAUUGGUGAUUGUUAGAUCUCGAAAAUCAUUAAAAACAAAAAUACGCACUCUUUAUUGCAAUAUUUUUCUAUUUAUUCAAUUACUAUAUGUAUUAUUAAAAAUUUUUUGUUUAAAUAAAAUUUACAAUUUUGCAAUGCAAAGAUGUGAAUUGAUAUUAGUUCAAAUUUGGAAAUAAAACAAAAAUAUUUGAUCUACAAUUUUAGUGUUAAUAUAUAGUUAUUAUUAUAUAUAAUUAUUAUUAUAUUUUGUUUUUUGUAGUAUUUUGGGAUUAGCUUAUAAAAAAAAUAUCCAAAUGGCAUUUUAAUAUAUUAUGCGCUGAUUUAUACAGUUAAAAAUCACAUAUCGAAAUGAAAAAUAUUUUUGGAAACAUAUUUACACAUGCUCUUAUAUGUAAUACACAUACUUAUAUUACACACACACACAUAUAUAUAUGAAUAUGUUAAAUCCAAGAAAUGAAGAUAUUUAUGUUUCUCACAUCGCAUUUAACGUAGACAAAAAAAAAACAGCUAAGAAAUAUGUCUUCAUGCUAUUAGUAAUCGAUAUUGCAACUUGCUCGAGUAUUACAUUUUAUUAUACAUAUUAUACAUUCUUUCAAGCUAUACUUUCAAUAGAAAUAAUUAAAUGAUAUUAAAAUCCAGUUAUGGCUCCACCUUAAGCACAUGUAAAUAUAAUAUAGAAAAAGCUACAACAACCAAAACUCCGUCGCAAGACGAAAGAAAAUGUACAUAGUAUUCGAUAUUUACUUGAUCGUUAAAAGAGGACGGGAAUUUAUUUUAUUUACAUGAAUAGUCAUCAAUGAUUGCUCAUUAAUUAACGUGAAGAGAGAAAAUUAGAUUAGUUAUCUUUAGUUUAAUUGUUUAGUAGAACCGUUUGAUUUUAGCUUUAUUGAAACGUAUACUUAUAAAAAAGAUAUAUAAUACCAAAAUUAAUCGUGAAUAAAUCGAUAUAGAUAUUAAUAGCGAUUUAAUGCUAAAUAUUAACAUGUUCAAUUUUCACGAUUAACUGUAAGUUUCUAUCAACGGGACCAAAGGUGAUAUCUUAUUUUAUCUAUGUACAACACUAAUUUAGAGUUGUGUAGAAUGCGUCAUAUUACUGUGUUAAAUACGAAAUAGUCUUUUAAAUCUGGUCAAUAUUGAGUUAUAUCGAAAUGAUUGGACUUAAUGAUAUAAAUUUAUAAUCAUAUAGACAAAUGUAUUAUAAAUAAUAAAAAUAUUGAGCAAUUUAUUUUUCUCCAUAGAUAUUGUAUCGAUAUAACAAGCGAUUGCAUUUUGGCAUAAAGUAUGAAGUACAAUAGUAUAUAUAUAUAUAUGGAUAUAUUUCAUAUAUAUUUAUAUAUGUAUUUUUUCUUAGCCCGUCUAUAAGUUGUACAGCAAUCAUUUAUGAAAAUUGAAAAAUGAAUUGUAAAAACAAUUAAUAUUUAGAUAGUAAUUUUCACUAUACUAUAAAUGAGAAAAUAAAAUAAAAAUGAAGUUUUUAAAAUUUCAAA